AUGUUCGGAGGUAUUAAUAAAUACAAAGUUGAAAAAAAGGGCGAUGAUAUUUAUUUGAUCCCUAAAGGAUAGCACACCCAUACUUUAGUUUGGAUGCAUGGUUUGGGUGACACAGCCGAGGGAUAUUUGGACUUUUUUGGUGAAAGCUCAUCUCCAACACCUGAUAAUAUGAAAAUAGUACUUUUAACUGCUCCUACUCGUAAAGUAACAAUCAACAUGGGCAUGUAAAUGCCUUCAUGGUUUGACUUCAAGGCUUUCCAAGUCAAUGAGUAAAACUUCCAUCAAGCAAUAGGUGUAGAAGAAGCAAACGAGUCAGCCUAAAGAAUCUAAUAAGUUCUCAAUGAAGAAAUCGCUAAGCUUAAUGGAGAUUCAAAGAAAGUCUUUUUAGGGGGCUUCAGUUAAGGUGGAUGCAUGACUUUGAGAGCUGGCCUUACAUUUGAUAAGCCUCUAGGAGGAUUGAUUGUUUAUUCAGGCUUUUUAUUCCCCACAAUAGUAGAUCAUGAAAGUAAUAAAAACACUGAAAUCUUAAUCAGUCAUGGUGAGUAAGACCCCCUUUUACCAUGGGCUCAAUCCAAGUAAAGUUACACAAAGUUAAACGAAUAAACCCACAAAGUGCGCUGGGAAAUCAUUAAGAAUUUGUAACAUACUUUCAACGAGAGAAGUUUGAUUGUUUUCUAAGAAUUUGUUAAAGCUCACUUGUGA